CAAUCCUUGACAUUCUGAACCGAGCCUGGCGUUCGCUAUCAGCUAUACCAACACUUUCUUGACCAUACAUGAAACACUUGAUAAUUCUAUAUGCCAUCUCUUCAAUCUACUGCAGCAGAGACACACCAUGAGUGAACUCGUGUUCGACUCUGUGUCCACGUCCAAUGUCUAUCCCAAUGCAUGCCGGCAGUGCAGAGCUCGUAAGCUAAAGUGUACCAAACAAGCUCCAUGUAGCAACUGUCUUCAAAAGUCUUACGACUGCGUCUAUGACAACAUGCGGGGGUUGAGAGGUAGGAAGUCAAAAGCCAAUGCGCCGCCAGAGAGCGUGCAGUUGUCCGAGCCGAUAUCUCAAAGCAACCAAAAGCCAAUCAAUACACCAAUAAGCAACGAAGACGACGCUGUAUUGUUCACUCAACCUUCGGACGAUUCUAUGUUACGGUCGGACUCUGGGUUUCUCGGAGACUUGCCUUAUUGCGAACAGAUCGUUCCGGGGAUUUCUUCUAACGUCGACACACAAAACAUGCCGGUGCAGCCCCAGCCUUUCCCGAUUCAUGAUCUUUCCAUGGCCGCGGUAGAUUGGGGGUUAUGGUGGCCUGGAGGUUCAAUGGAUCUCGGGUGUGACUUGCCUGAAUUGCUUUCCCAAGAUGAAGCAACACAGAUUCCCGGAGGAGAUCCUAGUCGAUACUCCUUGUCACUUGCUGUCAAUGAGGAGAUACUCCAGAAGGCUAUAAGCAUGUAUUUGAGCAGCAUCCAUCCCACACGACCAUUCUUCAGAGCGUCUCUUAUCCAAGAUGGCAUGGCCUGUAAGAAAUACAGAUUUCAUCAAGGAUUCGCCAGCAUGGUUCUUGCCAUCGGCGCUUUCACAUUGCUUCAUUACCACCCACGGGAGUUGUCUACGUCGAACAACGGUUCUUCCUUGUCAACCGAGAUGAUGUCAGAGGCAAUCCGACUACACAGCACCUCCGUGCUUGGACAACUCCCGACGUUCGAAGCGCUUCAAACAAGCGUCUAUAUAUUUGCUGUUCUCUGGCAUUUGAAACAGGAAAGUGCAGCUUGGCUUCGUCUACACGAAGCAAUUGGCCUAUUUAGGCUUUAUUGCCCGUCGAACAUUGAGGAAGACGGUCCACCAGGAGCACUUGGUGCAGCUGAUUGGAGCGAUAAAGCCAGGGUAUAUUUAGAACUUGUCGUUCUAGAAAGAGUGUUUGCAAUCGGGACCGCUAGCCGUUACAAGCUUUCCCUGCCCCCCGUCUCUCCGCUCUUGUUACAGAAGCUUUCGGGCUUCCCUACUGAAUACAACACACGGAAUGAAAUCCCGUACAGCAGCGAUUAUUCGAUAUUGGUACUCAUAGGAGAGACCAUCGGCCUCUUCGAUGAUACAAUCGUGACCUGCCUUAGAAAUGACUGUGGCAAUCAAGGACAAUGUACUGUGCUCUCGCGCGAACAUAUCCUGUCUCUACUUGAGCGUCAAAGAGACUGGAAGGGUCUCGAUCUCAAGAACCACAAUGGAACUGUCAAGCUAUAUCUUGAUGUUGGAACUGUCCCUAUGCCAUUCGAUAUCUUUCCUGGUGGUAACAAUGAAUGUGGGAUUCUGCUAGGGUGCCUGUGGAUACGAAACCGACUGUGGCGCUUAGCUCUCACACAUGGACAUGUAAGCCCGAGCGAUUUGGAGACAAAGCUGAGCCUUUAUUACCCCAUCCGAAUUGCAGGAUGCGCACUUGCGCUUCUGAAGUCAUUUCGGAUUCGUGCUUUGGAAAGUAGUCCGGACGCUUUGAUCCACCAACUUUUUGAUAUUUCCUUCGACUUUCUCUACGCUGCUACCGAGAUACGGAUAAAGCAUACUAGACCGGAUAUCCUCGAUAUGAAGUUCCCUCUACCCUCUGUGUCAGACCUAUCAUCCGUCGAUAAUAUAUCACUGGUCAGUAUGACAUCGCAAACUGGCUACGCAGAGUCAGCCACCAUAUCUGUCUCUGGGAUAGCAAAUGGCCUUCUCGGUUUCUUCGCCUCAUUCAACAACGGGGACCACCCUAGGUUCAAAGACUAUAUUGAUGCUUAUCAAGUCUUCAUGGGCGAACGGUGACAAUUUGUUGUACAGUUUGUGACAAUUCGAACAUAAUUUGCUGGGGUCUGUCAAUUCAGGGGUCUCAGAAUCCAUGAGAUGCCCUUGUCAACGUCCUUGUGACCCUCUAUCCUCCGCGCAAGUCUACCUAGGGGUGGAUGCCUCUGAC